CCCACUGGGCACAAAUCAUUUUUGCGCUGCUACGCCUGAUAUCACUACCGAAAGCGCCUGAGAGAAGAAGGAAAAAAACAAAAAAAUCAGGUAUAGAAUCAUCGAUCAGUUUGACACACGCGGAGAGAGGAGAGAGAAAGGUCAAAAAUGGCGACGGCGAUGGCGAGAUCUGCAGUCCGAACGGCACUCCGCGGUGGACCUCGGACUCCAGCUUCUAAGAGAACCUUUGCUUCCUCUGCCCACGACGACGCCAAGGAAACUGCAAAGUGGGAGAAGAUUACUUAUGCUGGCAUUGUCACAUGCACUGUUUUGGCAAUCUAUGACCUUUCCAGGGGCCAUCCCCAUUACGACGAGCCUCCUCCAUACCCAUAUCUGCACGUUCGCAACAAAGAGUUCCCUUGGGGUCCUGAUGGCCUUUUUGAGCAUAAGCAUCAUCAUCAUUGAUCCUUGAAGGCCAACAUCUUGGAGAUGUAUCUAGGAAUAAUUGUUGUUUAGUUCGUUCAUCCUGUGUCAUCUGGAAAUUUCCCAAGUUGGAGACCUCUAUGAAUGUUAUUAUUUGUAUGUGGGGUUUUUCAUCCAGUGUGUUUCUUGUUAUGCCACUUCGCUUUUUAUACCCUGUUUGCUGCCAAAUAAGGUUUACAUUAAUACUUAUAAUUUCGAAUUGUAUGGUUAUGAAAGUGUUCUUGAUGUGCAAUUUGUCAAGCAUUAA